CACUCACGCAUUCUCUUCAUCAAAACUCCUUUUCUUCCUUCUGUUAAACAUCUCAACAAUGGCACCAAAGACAGGAGGGAAAAAGCCUGCUGAGAAGAAACCAGUAGAGGAGAAGAAGGCCGAGGAAGUUCCGGCAGAGAAGAAGCCGAAAGCCGGAAAGAAGCUCCCGAAGGAUGCCGCCGUCGACAAAAAGAAGAAGAGGACAAAGAAGAGCGUUGAAACCUACAAGAUCUACAUCUUCAAGGUGCUCAAGCAGGUGCAUCCUGAUAUCGGUAUUUCCAGCAAGUCUAUGGGAAUAAUGAACAGUUUCAUUAAUGAUAUAUUUGAAAAGCUUGCUCAGGAAGCAUCUAGAUUGGCUAGGAUUAAUAAGAAGCCUACAAUUACAUCUAGGGAAAUUCAGACUGCUGUAAGACUUGUUUUGCCUGGUGAAUUGGCUAAGCAUGCUGUUUCUGAGGGAACUAAGGCUGUUACUAAGUUCACUAGCAACUAGGGUUUGAAUUUGUAUUUUGGGUCAAUGUAAAGGAUGUUUGAUUUCGAUUUGUAAUUGGCCUUUAAAAGAUUACUGCUAAUGAAUUAAAGCUUUUUCCUACUGAAA